AUGGCGCCCUCGUUCCCACCGGGGAAGCCCCCGUCGUACUCCAAGCUGGGCCACGAGCCCGAUGACCACGCGGAUGACGACUACGUGGCCGAGCAGCGGCGCGCCCAGCAGGUUGAGCGGCAGAAGCAGGACGAGAGUCUGGACGAGCUGCACUCGGCCGUCAAGCGGCUAGGAGACAUGAGUCUCAAUAUCAGCACGGAGCUGGACACGCAGAACAAGAUGCUGGACGACCUGAACGACGACACAGACAAGGCCAAGCAG